UACCAUGCUUCCUCUUUCUCAUCCUCUUCUCCGUUUGUCCGUUACUAUUGCAGAGGCGCGCUACCACAACAGGGCUGUCUCACUGCUGGAGCCGAAGAGGAUCACAAACCUGCUGCAUUAGGGACUUUGGAGAUGGGACAGUGGCAGAGGACAUAUUUGAGGACAAAAACACCAGCUGUUCUUUUGGGGAUGUGAACCUUUGCACGUCCACUUUGCUCAUUUGAAAGUUAAGGGAGAGGAGUCUGAUUUGUCUGCGUUGUUUUGAAGUGAUUGAUCAACUAAUUUCAUGUGGCGUGACGGUGCAGGAUCCCAGCUCUGCAUUCACCAAGCUACACACCUCUGCAGCUAUGUUCAGUAUAGACUCUACGCCGGCUUGAGAUUCCCUAUCUAAAUAUUAACAGUGUACACUAUAUUUAAAUCUGCAUUGUGGGGCAGAGUCUCCACAGUUCUCCUUCACUAGAGGUCUUUGGCUCGCCCAUAGCCAUGCAGGUGUCUUUUGCGUGCACAGACCACGGGCUAAAGGCCCCACGGAAUGGUGAGCACAGCAAACAGAAUGCCACCAGCCCCAACUCAGCCAGCCAGGCCCGUGCACGCUUCCGCACAGUGGCCCUGAUCGCCCGCAGCCUGGGCUCCUUCACUCACCGCUACCACCACAACCUAAAGGAGUCCACCGCCAAGCAAACAGGCAUGAAGUAUCGGAAUCUGGGAAAGUCUGGCUUGCGAGUCUCUUGUCUGGGCCUUGGCACUUGGGUAACAUUCGGAGGUCAGAUCACUGAUGAGGUGGCAGAACAGCUGAUGACUAUCGCCUAUGAGAGCGGGGUUAACCUGUUUGACACAGCGGAGGUCUACUCUGGGGGGAAAGCAGAGAUAAUUCUAGGAAACAUCAUCAAGAAAAAGUGCUGGAGGAGGUCCAGUCUGGUCAUCACCACAAAGCUCUACUGGGGAGGAAAAGCAGAAACCGAGAGGGGGCUCAACCGAAAACACAUCAUUGAAGGCUUAAAGGGCUCUCUCCAGAGAAUGCAACUUGAAUAUGUUGAUGUGGUUUUUGCCAACCGCCCGGACAACAACACGCCGAUGGAGGAAAUCGUCAGAGCCAUGACACAUGUGAUAAAUCAAGGUAUGUCCAUGUACUGGGGGACUUCCAGGUGGUCUGCCAUGGAGAUAAUGGAAGCAUACUCUGUGGCCCGGCAGUUUAAUCUCAUUCCACCGGUGUGUGAGCAGGCGGAGUACCACUUUUUUCAGAGGGACAAAGUAGAAACUCAACUACCUGAGCUCUAUCAUAAAAUAGGAGUUGGAGUGGUCUCGUGGUCCCCCUUGGCCUGUGGAAUUAUCACUGGAAAAUAUGACAACGGUAUCCCAGAAGCCUCCAGGGCUGCACUAAAGCCAUAUCAGUGGUUACGAGACAAAAUCAUGAGUGAAGAGGGGAAAAAGCAACAAGCCAAACUAAAGGAAUUGGGUCAUAUUUCAGAAAAGCUUGGGUGUACUUUACCACAACUCGCUAUUGCCUGGUGUCUAAGAAAUGAAGGUGUGAGCUCAGUGCUGCUGGGUUCCUCCAAUCCAACACAGUUAACAGAAAACCUAGGAGCCAUUCAGGUAAUUCCAAAGAUAACUGCAGGCAUUGCCACAGAAGUGGAUCAUAUACUUGGAAAUCGGCCACACAACAAAAGGGAUUACCAUCAUUAAGACUAGACUAAUUUAAAGAACUGGGGAGCUCAUAUACAGCCAUGGCACUGUCACAUGUGCCCAACGUCGCUCAUAUGUGCGUGUGUGUGUGUGACUGUGUGUGAAUGUGUGUGACUGUGAAAAAUGGUGUGCUUGGCUCCUUGUGUGAACAUCAUAUUCUCAUUUUGUAAAGUGAGCUACUUGACAAAACCUGCAUGCAAUAGCUAUAGCAACAAGCCAUGGAUGCCCUCCUUACAUCUACCCGUGGAUCAGCCAAGAGUGCAUUGUGCUCUGCACAGUGAAACUAUGCAGAACAGUCUGAAAUCUUGAUUGGAUCUUGAUGAUGUAUGGAUCUUGAUGAAGAAUCAUUAUGUUCUAUAGAAUGGAAAUGAUCACUCCAAAAAUAGUGCAUUUGCUCAGGGCAGUGCAGUAAGUGCAUGAUACAAAAGAAGCUUGUCACACAGUGCAACAUGCUUUAAAGAAAAUCCAUCAUUUGAUAAAAAUAUAUCUGAACUUUCUGUGUAAAAAAUGCAACAACAGCGUAACUGGUUAGACUCAGAGGGUGAUUUGCUGAGUAUGUAAUUGCACUGGCAGCUGGUGUACCAUCUUUUGCAUUAGAAGAACAAUGUGCCGCUAUAACAAGGCUCAAAGUGCCACUCUAAAACAUCUGUACUGACUGUUACAUACUUGUACAUUUAUGUCAGUGAGUUUGUCUGUGGGUCUUAGCUCUCAUUCUGUUUUGUAUAGCUUCCAACAGUAGGAGUACAUAUUUUGCAUUUUAAUUUAAUCUUUUUCCAGUCAUCUGCUUUGUUCAUUUCAUGUGAAUUGUGGACAUAACAUUUGUACAGCCACAGCAGGUGAGUCAUGUAGCUAAUGAGGAUGCCUAAAAACAACAUAUGGACCCUGCAGCUUGUGCACCUGGAACACACUGAACUAUUGCCAUAGUUUUCUUGAUGUCACCUUUUCAUAACAGGAAUAGUUCAUGUUUAACUUGUAUUUUACUGGUGACGAUCAAGUUUGUAUAUAAAUAAAGAGCUUAUGGUUAUCAAAUUUAGAGACAUCUAAAAUCUCCUUAAUCUGAUCUAUUGCUAUUUUUAAUUACCUAAAAUGUAUUAAUAGUGCUUGCUUAUUUGCUAUAAUUGAAGUUUCCUCUAUGUCAUGCUGUUUUGUAAUGAAUCUUAAAUAAAUUUACUUUUGUUUACAUA